CACUUAUAGGUGGCACUGACUGGCACUGAUAAGCGACAUUGAUUGGCAUUGAUAGGUGGUGCUGAUUGGCAGCACUGAUAGGUGGCACUGAACUGGCAUUGAUAGGUGGCACUGAUAGGUGACACUGAAAGGCAGCUCAGAUGGGCACUGAUAUGUGGCAUUGAUGUACACUGAUAGGCAUUGAUAUGUGGCAUUGAUGUGGCACUGAUGGGCACCGACAGCUGGCACUGCUGGGGCUACACUGAUCACCAGGGCACACUGAUCAGCACUGUCAGCGUGACAGCUUGUGAGGAGAGAAAUGCAGAUAACUGGCAUUUCCCUAUUUACAUGAGAUCAACUGUG